AUGCCCAAAGUCCGCGGAGAGGAGGGCAUCGGGGUGUACCUCCGCAUCCGGCCGCCGCCGACGUCGCAGCAAAGUCGCCUGCUCGCCACCGGCGGCGGCAGCACCGCGGCAGCCUCCAGCCCAUUCGAGGCGGCGCGAGGGAGCGGCCAGCCGCCGGCUAGUUUUCAGUACGAAGUGGAAGAGGACUUUCAGAAGUCGAUCCUGCGCCUGCACACCGCGCAGCGACUCGUGCAGGAGGCGCAGCGGGCGACGGCAGGCCCGUCGCCGUCGCCGCCGUCCUCAGCCCCACCGAACCACACACGUGGUGGUGGCGGCAGCACCAGCCAUGCCGGUGCGGUCGACGACGUCGUGAACAACACCGUUGUCGACUUUCAGUACCGCUUCGACCGCAUCUUUAAGCCGAGCGCGACGCAAGAGGACGUCUUUGCCACCGUCGCGAAGGGCUGCGUGGAGUCGGCGCUGGAUGGCAUGAACAGCACCGUCUUUGCCUACGGCCAGACGGGCAGCGGCAAAACGUACAGCAUCACGGGUGGGACAGAGAGCUACCAAGAUCGGGGUCUCAUCCCACGCGCGAUGGCCAUGAUCUACGAGGAAGUGGCGCGGCGACGCGAGGGCGGCGGUGGUCGAAACCGGCACCGCGGCAGCAGCGCCGGGGCCGCAGGUGAUGACGGCGACCACGCCAGCGAUGACGAUACUAGUGGCAGCGGUGCCACGACGUACACCAUCACCAUGUCCUACCUUCAGAUUUACAACGACAAGGGCCAAGACCUGCUCAACCACGGCCGCGACGCGCGCACGCUGGAGGAGCUGCCGCCCGUUACGAUACACGAGAUGGAGGAUGACAUUAUGCUCAAGGGGCUCGAGCAGCACAGUGCCCCAACGCUGGCAGACGCCCUGAACCUUCUGUUCCUCGGCGACACAAACCGCCUGUACUGCGAAACGCCAAUGAACAAGACGUCGUCACGCUCGCACUGCAUCUUCACCAUCUACCUGGAGGCCCGCUCCGCUUCUUCCUCCGUCGUGCGUCGCUCCAAGCUGAACUUCGUCGAUCUCGCCGGAAGCGAGCGCGUGAGCAAGACCGGCGUCUCGGGCACGAUCUUGACGGAGGCGAAGCACAUCAACCUCUCCCUCCACUUCCUCGAGCAAGUCAUCGUCGCGCUCAGCGAGAAGGCGAAGGGGGUGCGCGAUCACGUGCCGUAUCGCAACUCAUUUCUCACAAUGGCGCUGCGCGACAGCCUCGGCCGAAACUGCCAGACCGUCAUGCUCGCCACGGCGCACGUCGUCGCCUCGCAGGUGGCGGAGACGAUCAGCACGUGCGGGUUCGCGCAGCGCGUCGCACUCAUCCAGCAGGCGCCGCAGGUGAACGUGGAGACGGACCCGGCGCUGCUCGUGCGCAAGUUGCGCGCGGAGGUGGCGCAGCUCAAGGACGAAGUCGCCUACCUCCGCGCAAACGGCGGCGGCGGCAGUGGUGCGGCGUCACUGCCGGCCGACCGCACGCUGACGGCGGAUGAAAGGAACGUAUGCCGCGGCAUGGUCGACGCGUACAUCCAGAAGGCUGCUGUCGAUGGCGACUGGAGCUCCCGCCUCACCGGCCUUAACGGGGACAUGGCUCGUGUAUACUGCUGCUAUGAGAUUCUACGCGAGCGUCUCGUGCGCGGUGGCGGUGGCGGUGGCGCACCCCACGAUACGCAGCAGCAGCGGCAGCAGAAGCAGCGGCUGGACGACAGCGAAGCGCAGGUGACGGCACUGCGGCACACUCUGCAGCUCAAGGAAAACGAGCUACAGAUGUUGUUGACAGUGCUCAAGAAGGUGGGGCACGCGGACGCAACGAGCGGUGUUGGCGGGGCGGGUGGCGGCGCAGGCCUCGGUGCCGCCGGUAUGCGGUACAACGCCGUUGCGCAGACAGCUCACAGCGAUGGAGACGCCAUCAGCGGCAGCGGAGGGGCGGAAGGCGUGUCGGGGGCGCCCUUUGUUUUCACGAUAUCGCGAAGCAGCUCCAGAAGUCAGGGCGCGGACGUCGGUGGCAUGCAGAACGACGAGCAUCAGCAGACCGAGCUCUCGCUGAGGCGGAGCAUCUACCACGAUGCCCAGCAGCUAAUUACUCAGCUGCGCGGGUCAGCUGGAACAGCGCUCACGCAAGCCACGGCGGCCGCAGCGCCACCGCAUGUAGAGAGGACAGUCGAGGCGGCGCUGACGCGUGUCACCACCCUUGCACAGCAAGGCCAGUUCACGGAGGCCGAGGCUGCAGCCGCCACGGAGUUCUUUGAGAGCAAGCGUGAGUACCAGCAGCACGUCGCGAGCUUGCACGAGCGCGGCGAAGGGGACAAGAACAACGGUGGCGACGGCGGCAGUGGUGGUGGUGGUGGGGACGCCCGCACGGCGGUGGACGUGCUGAUGGACGAGCAGUUUCUGCAAAACCGCGCGCAGGCGCUGGAGGCUUUCAAGGCAUCCUACGAGGCGCAGCACAAGGUGGAGGAGACAAAGCUGCUGCUCCGGCCCAAGUACGCAGCGUGCAAGGCCACGGCGCAGCAGCUCAACGCCUGCGUAGACGCCAUCAAACAGCUGAAGACCAAGAUCCAGCGCCGGCGAGCCGAGCGGGCGGCGGACGGCAGCGAUGUCGUCGACGCCGAGGAAGCCGCGUGGCUGGCGGAGCUGAGCUCCACAAAAGAGCGCUACAACGUUCACGCGGGGCAGCUGCGGCACGACAAGGAAGAAAUCGACGGCAUGCAUGCCUAUCUCAAGCACGCACAGGAGCAGCUGGUGCGCGACUUCGAGCGUUGGUUCAGCGCACGACAGCAACAGGUGCAGCUGGCUGUGCAGCAGCAAGAGCUGCAUGCGCAGCACCGGCAUGAGGAAGAGAGGCGAACAGAACUGACAGAUAGCUUGCGAGCGGCCCUCGGGGUAUCAUCGACCAACGCCCCGUUAUCCGAGAAGCCAGGCCCGAACAUGUGCGCCACGUCGCCAUCGUCGCCGUGUGGCAACACUGGUUACACUGCGAACUCGAUCACGAGUAGCCAGUGCGACAGCAGCCUGCCCUUCUCACCACUAUUCUCGGCCGCUCAGCCGCAACGCUCCUACGCGCACUCGGCCUCCAACUCCAUGAUCGCAGUGCCGUGCCUGCCCGACACGGGCGGCAGUGGCGGAUUGCCGGCAGCGCUACUGCCAUCCACCACGCAAGCGCCUGGGCGCGGUGAGCACCACUCCUCGUCGGUGCCGACACUCUCGCUGACUACACCGUCAGCGCGGCUGGCGAUGACGGUGAGGGAUGGUCAGUCGCACUCUGCGGACGGGGCCCUGACACGCCUAUCGCCGUCGUCUACGGUGCAGCGAGACAGCGCCAGCACAUCGCCACCGGCUACCUCGCCAGGGCUCACGGGACCAGCGCGGAACGGCUGGACAACAGCAAAGGAGAGCAGAACGUUGAUGGUGGUGGGUGGCGGCACGGAUACCGCACCGAGUUCGACGCGGCCGUUCCAUCUCCUGCCUAUUGGCGGCACCACCGCCACCACCACGGCCGCCGACGGCACGGCCUCGUCUGUCGCCCCCACCAGCAAGAAGCCGAGCAACCCGUACUUCCCGCUGUUCCCGUCCACUGGCAACGCCGCCGCGGAUGCACAGCUGGCGGAGCUCUACAAGGCGAGAGAGGCCAUGCGCCAGCAGUUCCAGUGA